AUGUGGCUAAUGAGACUUUGGAUUAUAUUCACAGCUUUAGUGACAGGACUCACUAUCACGCCAAAUGUUAAUUUGGAUACUAGUCUUUCAAACUUACAGAAAUGGUAUAACGAACAUAGAAGUCUUUACAUUGUUGAUACUAUUGAAGAGUUAGAUGCUAGUAAGAUUUUGAAACACGGCAUUGUUAAAAUCCGUAACACAAAUGAAGUCAUUGUACCUGGGGAUAAUCAGGAUGAAAUCACUUCUUAUUGGGGACCUACUAAAUCUGAAUCAUCAUUCAAUUUCGUGAUGUUUGAUCUUUCCAAAUCAAAUCAUGAAGAAUCAGUUUACACCCGAGAUUUCGGUAAAUCUUUGGAUAACACCAAAUCUUCCGUCGAUAAUUCUAUCAGUUAUGGUGUUGGAGCUUCGUGGGAUCGAACCUUAUCAUUUGUCAGUACAUUGGCUAGAAAUAAUAUCGAACUUAAUACUGAAUUUGAUUUCACCAAAGGUUCAGGAAUAAAUCAAGAUAUUUCAUGCACUGUACCUGCUGGAAAGACAGGAAGAAUGCAAGUUACCAUCAGAACAUUUAACUACAAGAACAUUAAACUCACACCCUUGAUCAUCCAUUACAGGAAAUCUAUUAGAGGUACUAAAACCCAAUCUAUGGAAUUUGGUGAGCCAUAUUUCACCGAUUAUGAAGUGCCUAAAAGUUUUAGACCUUCAUGUUAUUCAGAAUAA